CUCUCGACACGGGCGGCCUGAAGGAGACGAAUGAAAAAUACGAAUUUAACUUCGUGCUUUUUUCGAGGCUUUUCAGGACAAAAUGUGGUUGAAGGUUUUGACAUUGGCGUGCGUCGUAAACACGUUGCUGCCGUCCAUGGCAGUGAACUCAUCAUUGGUCGACAAUUUGUGGAAGAUUGUACCUGGCGAUGUCUCAUCCGCCCCGGCAACCGACAAACUUCAAUUCACUUCGCCAUCGCUUGUUGUCUGCGCUGCUCAGGCUACUGCUGCUCAAAGCAGCUUCUUCUGCCACGACAAAGUCACGUGCGUCAUCAUCACAAAGAGUAUAUUAACUGGAUACCUCGGUGUUCCAUCAGCUUCGCUGGAAUGGAAGUGCUACUUAACAGGCCCGUGGUGCCGUCCCCCCUUCAUGCAAGUACGGGACUUGGGCUGCCUUCAGUUCGACAUCAACAAUUUGAUGAAUUUCUCAGCUGCGAGGACCUCCUGCCCGCCCCCCGCCACCCUCUGGUACCCCAAGUCCGACCAACAGGCUGCAACCAUCGCCGACUACCUCACCAACCAAAGGUACCCUGCCCCCGCUGGAGGAGUGUGUGGAUCUUCGGUCCCUCUGCCGGACGGUUACCCUGGUCCCUGCCGCCCUACUGGAACAGCCACCUGCUGCAACGCGACAGGUGUUUGUGGAGGUACCACCGCCGACUGCACCUGCCCUACGUGUAUCAACUACAGGACUGUAGCCAAGGCCUUCUGGACGGGAUUCCAAAGAAAAGCCGGCGUCUGGACGUACGACGACAACCGCACCGUCAUGGACACUCUGGGCGUGGCUCCCUGGGGUCCCAUUGACCCGAAAAAUACUUACGACUGUGCCGCGAUCUUCUUCGCUCCCGCAUAUAAUACCUACUACCAGUAUUCGGAUGUGAACUGCACCGCUUCUAGUUAUGCCAGCAUCUGCCUGUGGCCAGAACUAGCCUGAGCAAAUCUAUCAGUCCUUGACACUGAGACAUUCAUUAACAGGGCCAAGAAGUCCUUCACCAUUGCCUCUGAACGAGUGAAUUUUGACCAUUCUACGUCUCUCACCUUCUGCACCGAUAAUUUGAGAAAAUUAUAAAGAUAUUUAUUUGAAUUUUGUGCUUUAUUUACUACUUUCAAAUCUCACU